AUGGAAAUGAAGAGACUCGAAAUUUCGGAGGAUUCACCUCUUACACCGCAGUGUAUGCAAGGCAUAACCCUCGUACACUGUGGUAGACGUGUAUUUCGUGUUCCCACGGCAUCAAUUGCUUCUGCUAUAACUUCUGAACAAAAAAUGGCUGCUCUGGCUGUAAAUGAUGGUAGUGCGAAGCAAAAAGAAGCUAAGGGUGCGAAGCAGGAAGUAAAAGAGGUGAAAAAGGAAGUGAAGGAGAGGAAAAAAGAAGUCAAAGAGAUGAGAAAGGAAGUGAAAGAGAUGAAAAAGGAAGUGAAAGAGAUAGAAAAAGAAGUUAAAAAUGAGAGAACUGAGACGUCUACCUUAGAGAUCAAAUUAAAAUGUCCCAUCAGUAUCUUUGGACAAAUCAUUGGAAAGGGAGGGGCCAAAAUAAAACAAUUACAACGCGAAACGAAGACUCGAAUCGUCCUAGACAAUAGAAGUGAAAGCAUCUCGAUCAAAGGUUCAAAGGCGGACGUGGAGAUGGCAAAAACACGUCUUGAAGAAGAGAUCGACAAUUAUUUACCGCCGACUCAUUUUAUUUCACUGCCGCUAUCUGAUUCACAAGUUCACCAAAAAGUAAACACGUUCCAGACAGAUGUAAUGUCACUCUCUCUACCAAAUAUCGAAACAUCCAUAAUGAUCAAACCAACUUCGCUGCACCUUACUAUCGGGAUGUUGAACUUGCACCGGCAAAAUGACCUUGAAAAUGCCAUAAAGUUACUUAAAGAUUUGGGUCCUGAGCUUCAUGAUCUUGUGGGUACAAAGACAAUGGUCAUUAAACUAUCAGGAGUAGCGGUCAUGGAAGAUGAUCCCAAAAAAACAAAUGUCUUAUAUGCUAAGGUGGAAGAACAAGAAGAUCAAAAUAUUCUUUUCAGGUUGAGCGAAUUUUUGAUCACCAAGUUUACCGAAGCAGGUUAUUUAAAGAAGGACAACCGCCCGUUAAAGCCUCAUGCUACUAUUAUUAAUGUACGUCACCGUGGUGAAACGGACACUAAAGAGAAUGAAAGAAGUAAUCAACGACCGAGAUGGUUGACAUUCUCUGCUAUCCCGAUUCUCGAAAAAUUUUCAAAUUUUGAAUUUGGCACUUGUAGAAUCGAAAGCGUACAUAUAGCAAAAGUUGGAACAUACGAUGAAAAUGGAAGACACCGAUGCGAGGUUUCCGUCAAGUUGCCGUAA